AUGGCCUUGCAUGGACGAAUACUGUCGCUUCGUCAAGACUCAACUCACCUUCACUACCGAGCUCUAUGCCCCCUGCCAAUUGAAGUGCCUUUGACACCUCCAUCCUCGAUUCCUCCCUCUACCAUCGACGAGCCAAACCAGGACGAUGAUACAGAGACUCUUGUCAAGCACUAUCUGAACCUUGAACCAGACCUUGGCGGUCUGUAUUCGCAGUGGUCUGGAGCGGAUCCAAAUUUUAGAAAGAAAGCCCCUAAGUUCACAGGAGUACGCAUACUCCGCCAAGACGCAUGGGAAGCUUUGAUCGGCUUCAUCUGCAGCAGUAACAACAAUAUUGCAAGGAUCUCACAAAUGGUAGACAAGUUAUGCUUGCACUACGGACCUCUAAUUGGCACUGUGAACGGGACAGCUUACCAUGACUUCCCUAUCCCAUCCGCAUUGACUGGGAAGAAUGUGGAAGCUCAUCUUCGUGAGCUAGGAUUCGGAUAUCGCGCAAAGUAUAUACAUCAAACAGCUGUUAUGGUCGCCAACGAGCGAUUACCUGGCUGGCUUGACUCGUUAAGGAAUCCGGAAAGCCCUAUUCUCGGUACCAAGACAAGCCCUGGGGGUGAAUGGAUGCUAGAAGGUCGUGAUGGCUACCGUAGCGCCCACGAAGCGCUCCUCGACUUGCAAGGAGUAGGGCCCAAGGUCGCAGACUGUGUAUGUCUUAUGGGGCUUGGCUGGGGAGAAGCUGUCCCCGUGGACACGCACGUCUGGCAGAUUGCACAAAGAGAUUACAAAUUUGGAAAGGGCAAGCACAGUAGUUUGACCAAGGCCACUUACGACGCUGUUGCCAACCAUUUUCGCAAGCUAUGGGGAAAGGAGGCUGGCUGGGCACACAGUGUGCUGUUCACGGCAGAUCUAAGAGCGUUCUCAGAAAGGUUGACGGCUAAAGUCGAGAUCAAAAACGAAGAAGCGGAGCACGAUUUGGAGCCGCAUCCUGUGGUGCAGAAGGCUGCUGUUCGCAAGAUCCGCGUAAAGAGAGAGCUCGAGGACGAGUCAAAAGAAGGCGCAGGACUUGAAAUACGUCCAUUAGCUAUCAGCAAAUCAAUUCAAAGCUCUGGACAACCAGAUAUCCACCGAGUAGCGACCGAAACUCUCAGCAGCAUUACUCCGAGCGCGUGGACCUCCUAUGAGCGCCAGAUUAUCACGGCCAGCGUGCUCACGUUCUCACCGGAAAUGCGCAUUCGCGUUUACAACGGGUGCAGUCUACAAUGGGUACAGUCGCCAAAUCCUGAUGACCUGCUCCUCGCUGUGCCUCACCUAAAAUCAAUGGCUGCUGGAUCCCCAGAAUCAAGCAGGCAAGAAGAAUGUGGUCAUGAAAGCAAGCACGGCAACCCUGCUGUUGAGCUACACCUGCUGCUGGUUCUAUGUUGCCCGUUGAAGGUCUUUUUGCUCGUCAAAAUUUGUCACGCCAAAACUGCUCUUCACUCAGACCUCGGGUACCUGCGUUCAAAGGUGUACAUAGUCUUGGCCUACAUCGAACCACCAGGUCACGAGGUGUGGUCUGUCCCAAGGUGCCAGAAAUGCUUCAGCAGCUCAGCUUGUCCUCGAGAACAUCCAUAUUGGAAGGCCUGGAGGUUAUUAACCCGACUGUCACUUAGCAUCACCAGUGUGGAAAAGCAAAGAAAUACCAGCCUCGGACCACUACGAUCCGAUCCGGUCCUUCCUAGAGACCAGGAGGUGAGGCAAUUUCGAGAGGGUAUGCUGUCACCCUGA